CUCACACCUUCCUCAUCCAUCUCACCAGCAGCCAAUAUCCAAGCGUAGUUCAGGUCAUAAGUUAAGGUAUAUAGCAGCUUAAUUAUCGUUCGAGGAACCAAUCGUUGAGGGACAUCAAUGGCUUCCCUGUCAAUGAGCGCAGUAUGGACGCCGAUGCAGAACAAGCUGUUCGAGCAGGCGUUGGCAGUGCACGAUAGGGACACGCCCGACCGCUGGCACAACAUCGCCCGCGCUGUCGGCGGCGGCAAGUCGGCGGACGACGCCAGGCGCUACUACGAGCUGCUCGUCCACGACAUCGCCCGUAUCGAGGCCGGCAAGGUGCCCUUCCCCGCCUACCGUCCCCCAUGUCCUGGCCCCGGCCACAACGCCAGCUACGAGGCUGACAGGUUGAAGCACUUGAAGAUCUAGCUAGGAGGUAAUCGGGUAAUGGGCAAGGGAUGAUACACACUACACAGAUGGACUGAACGAAUAAGCAUGUGCGUGCAUGGGGGUACCUUGUACAGUAAUACUCAUAAGCGUGUGCAUGGUGUCCAUGACUCCAUGUCAAUGUAUACAUGCACGACUAGUGGGCAGAAAAGUCGGCCGAUUAUGCAGAUGCAUGCAUGUUCAUAAUAUUAGUGGUCUAUAAGUAUGUACGUGAGAUCGACUUGUCUCCUUACUCACAUGGGUUUAACUUAUCUCGUAUGUAUUCUAAUGUACAAUAUUAAUGUCCAUAUCAAUGGAGAGACAAA